AUGCUGCCGUCGGUGGCACACCAGCCUCUCCAGUUCCUCCCGCACCGCCAUACUCAAUCUCUUUACUCGACAAAUACUCCCUACGACCUCCACGGACAAGGCAUACAUUCUCUCCAGGAUGGCUUCCAGUUCUCACAGUAUGCCAACCAUGGGCAAUCUUCUUUGGUUAGAGGAAGCAGGACGCAUUGCCCACGACCAAUUCAGCGGCCGGAAAUACACACUCUGACAGACGGCCGAAUACAUGGCGGUCCUACCUCGCAAGAGAAUACUUUACGACGAAAAACACCCAAUGGUACCCUUGCUGCCGGUUAUGAUGCCACUCCUGGAGAUAGAUCUAUCCAGCAGCCUGCCACCAAACAUAUUCUCGUCUCUUCGCUCGACAAUAGUCAGAUAGUGCCGCAGCCCGGCCUCGCCCUCGAUCCUCUACAACAAUUCAAGGCCGUCGAACCGUUACCUCUUUCUCAGCACCAAAAUUUUCCUCCCGCGUUCAAGCAAGAUGCAAAUAGAAUAAAUACCGUGCACAACGGUAUGCCGCAAGAAUUUCCAAACACUAACUGGAUUAGAUCUCUCAAUCCCGCUCAAGGAGGAGGCAUCGACUCGGUUCUAAAUCAGACCUCCAGUCUACCCACAGGUCAGAGAUAUAACUACUGGCAGAAUCUACCCACGGUUCCCACAGUGCUUGCAUCCUCUUUGCAGCCUGGCCUUGGUGGCCCCGAGUCUGCUGCUGCUGCACAGUAUGGUCAAUACUGGCCUGAUGGGUCAUACAUGCCACCUUAUCGGCCUACCACCUUUGGGGAUACGAGAUACCAAUCAACACCCUCAAUAGGACAACACUCGCUGCCUAAUAAUAACCGGCUCGCAGAUGCUCAAUCGCUUUUUAACAGACAAUCCCUCCCCCCCUCCGAAUUUCUCGCACCAGGGUUCUCCUGGAACCCACUCCCGGCCCAAUCAACUAUAAACGGGCACCAGCAGCAUCAAAUCUAUGCCCAUGACCUUUCAAGGCCUCAACAACAUUAUGCUCCCAGUCAUAUUCCUCAAAAAAACCCCGAUCAAAUCUGGGAUCAGCCCCAGUUGCAGUAUGGGCCAUCACUUCCUUCAAAGCAUGACAUACAUCAUUUAGAUACGGUUGACUCCCUACGCUGGCAACAAACUUCGCAAAAUGGCCUUCAUCCUUCCACACCUAACGUUACCAGGUCACCGAGAAAUUCAGAAUUCAAAGAGAAGACCCUCUCCUGGGCUCACAGCGUCUAUGUCGACCUUCUCGCUUCAUUGCAUAAUGCUAGGAAGAAAGCAAGUCAGGGUGUAGACUCUCAUUCUCGCGAGCCUUUCAAACCCAGCAUAUACCCUAAACCUCCAAGACAACCAACCUCCGACUUCUCACAUUCGGAAAAUAUCGUCAGAAAACCCAGGAUUCACGACCCACAUGUUCAGCCCUUGAGCAUGCAUCCACAACGAAGCCAUUCCAUUCACCUAGAUCCGUCUGUGAGUGGAUUUUUCGACACCAAGAGACACCCAGCCCAUAGGCAAUUCCCGUCGAUUGAUAGUUCCGCCCAGUUGAGGCAUGUAAAUCAACCGUUCGACCACGGAAUGUCUUCCGAUAUGUCGAUGAAUGGAUAUCGGACAAUCCGACGUAGCCAUGGAGCUUCGAUGUCUCGUAUGUUCAGCCCCACGCACGAGGCAAUGUCAAUAUCAGAAAAGGCUGUCUCUGCUUUGGAAAUGCUUGCUAGCCUCUGCAAGGAGAGUGGUUGGACUUGGAUCGAUGGAAUGCUGGUUGGUGGUUGUCUUGCUUAUGGACUGGGUGACUACAAUAGAGCCAUCCGUUGGUAUAACCGGGUUAUAAACCAAGAUUCUGCACACGUCGAGGCAAUUUCCAACCUUGCUGCUUCGCUUCUAGCAUUGGAGCGUCGGGAAGAGGCUCUUCAGCACUGGUUGCGAGCUAUAAAAUUACGCCCAAGCUACUUUGAUGCUGUUGAACAUCUCAUCGGACUGUUAUGCAGCAGUCAACGAGGCAAGGAAGCUGUCAAUAUUGUUCAAUAUGUCGAAAAUUCGUUACGAUUACCUCCAAGUGGCGAUUGUUUCAAGUCAAAUCGUGCAUGCGAUCAAUCUGAUACGGAGUCAGAAGAUAGGGAAUCCAGUGUAUCAACUACGGAAUCUGCCGACAAAAUGGCAUUUGAUUACACUGAUAGCAUCCAGAGCCCACUGGCAUUUGCUCGUCGCGGGUCCGACCAAUCAGCCCCUGGCUUUGGAUCAAGUGGUUAUGCUAUACCUGGGGCCGAUAAUGGCAGGAUGCUUGGUCUCAUACAUGCCAAGGGGAACAUGCUUUAUGCGCUGGGGGAUAAUGUGGCCGCUGCUGGAGCUUUUGAGGAAGCCAUCCUCAUAAGCACAAGCAAACGACGAGGAAUGAAGAGCCUUAUCCGCCAUAUACUUUCAGCCUUUGGUGAUGAUAACAGGCACGGUAUUCCUACUUGUCGACCAUAUGACCCCAAGGAAACUAUACUGCUAUUUCCCGACAAGGCACUUCAAACGGCAAAGCUAGUGUUCCAUCCGCAGGGAACGUUGCCCGGCCUUCAAUAUCUUCCAGAUGGCUUGGCUAAAAGGGCCGCAAUUUCUACAACCAGCAACUCGCUACUGUCGCUGGCCAAGAUCUACCAGGAUGGUAUGGCUUCAACAUCUUCAAACGGGACUCUAAGGAGCACACCAGGCGUUCGAGAUAUCCUUGCAUUAUAUUACCUGUCUCUGUCGCUACAGCCCAGUCCAUCAACCGCAAAUAAUGUUGGAAUCCUCCUCGCCGGAAUUCAAGGAACCUCCGCAAAAUCUGUUCGCACGGCAGGUGAAUAUCAAAUUCCGGAUAUUCCUGGAGUCACCCCUGGCAGCGGCAUUUCGCUUGCUUUAGCGUACUACAAUUAUGGUCUGUCCCUUGAUUCAAGACACGCCCAUCUCUAUACCAAUCUAGGGAGCCUUCUCAAGGACAUCGGCCAAUUGCCUGCCGCAAUUAAAAUGUACGAACACGCUGUUCAAUGUGACAAUAAGUUUGAUAUUGCAUUAGCAAACCUUGCAAAUGCCGUAAAGGAUUCUGGCAGAAUCAACGAUGCCAUUGGAUAUUAUCGACGAGCUGUGAAUGCUAAUCCAGAUUUUGCUGAAGCAGUGUGUGGCUUAGCAAAUGCAUUGAAUUCUGUUUGCAACUGGGGAGGUAGAGGAGGCAUUGCACCUGGCCGUGGUAUUAGAGAUCUGUGGCACGUUGAUGACCAAGGCCGGCUACGUGAUGCAAAGGAAAUGACGGUUGAUACCGGAUGGAUCAAACGAGUUGUUGAUAUCGUGGACAAACAACUGAAGGACGGCGAACUUUGGGGUUGUGGUACUCUCCAGAACUUAACCCCGGACCAACUGUGCUCCGCCUUGAUGUUCCCAUCCAGCAAUAGUAUGGACGCAAUGAGCAGACGUACAACUCUCAAUGCUUUACUACGCUCCUGGUCAGGAAAAAAGUGGGAAGGAUCCCGGACCGUGCGACUGGUUGAACGAAUUGUGAAGUAUAUUGGCUGGCAAUGGUAUCAGGAUCGAUAUGUGCACCGCAGAGAAUACCCAGCUUCGAAGUAUGCACGUCCUCGAUUCCCGGGCGCACUCGCCCCGCCCAGUGCUCCCACUGUCCUGCCAUUCCAUACAUUUACUUGCCCGCUAUCCGCGAAGCAAAUCCGCCACAUCUCUCAGCGCAACGGCUUGCGUAUUUCCUGCUCCACUCUUCGUUCUCCAUGGCUCCCUGCUACGGUAUAUCAACCUCCAGCUCCACCGAAUCCUCAAAUCAUAGUUGGAUAUGUCUCAUCCGACUUUAACAACCAUCCUCUGGCCCACCUUAUGCAGUCUGUCUUUGGCCUCCAUAAUCCAAGCCGUGUAAAAGCGAUUUGUUAUGCAACCACAGCCAGUGACAACUCCAUCCACCGCCAACAAAUUCAGCGGGAAGCCCCUGUUUUCCGCGAUGUUAGCAGUUGGUCUGUGGAUCGAUUAGUGGAUCAGAUUGUCAGAGACGGUGUUCAUAUCCUUGUCAAUCUAAAUGGAUACACGCGAGGCGCUCGCAACGAGGUGUUUGCAGCUCGACCGGCACCUAUACAUAUGUCCUUCAUGGGAUUUGCGGGGUCGCUGGGUGCUGAAUGGUCUGACUAUAUCCUAGCCGAUGAACUCUCCAUUCCACCUAGUACUUUGGCCCCUCGAGGACAAUCGCCAAGAAUAGAGGAUAGACUAUAUGACGUGGAUCACAGCGAAGACACAGAUGACUGGAUAUAUAAUGAGAAAAUUGUAUAUACCAAACACACCUUCUUCUGCUGCGAUCACAGGCAGAGUGCCCCUGAUGCUCGCGGACCUAGGUUGACGUGGGAAGAGGAGCAAGCAAAUAGGUGGAAGAUGCGCAAGGAAUUGUUCCCCGAUCUCAAGGAUGAUACAGUGAUUCUCGGUAAUUUCAACCAACUGUAUAAGAUCGAACCAACAACAUUUCGUACCUGGUUAAGAAUUUUAGCCGGUAUUCCAAAUGCGGUACUUUGGCUCCUUCGUUUCCCUGACGUUGGCGAGCAAAAUCUCCGGCAGACGGCAAAAGCCUGGGCUGGCGAAGCAACUGCAUCAAGGAUCAUAUUCACCGAUGUUGCACCAAAGCAUGCUCACAUUUCCCGUGCUCGCAUCUGUGACCUUUUCUUGGACACACCAGAGUGUAAUGCUCACACCACCGCUGCUGACGUUCUUUGGAGUGGUACACCACUCCUCACUUUUCCACGAUAUAAGUACAAGAUGUGCUCUCGCAUGGCGUCUAGUAUUUUAACAAGCGCACUUCCACAGACGGAAGAUGGCAAAGACGCUGCGAGGCAGUUGGUUUCUUCUUCUGAGGCUGAAUAUGAAAAGACUGCAAUUGAGCUGGGUUUGGGGAUGAAAUACGAACUUGGCAAUAGCCAGGGCAGAGCAAGUGGACGAUUGUUUGAACUUCGGAAAAUGCUUUACUUGAAUCGGUGGGAAAGUAAACUGUUUGAUACCCGAAGAUGGGUCAAUGAUUUGGAAGAGGCGUACGAGAAGGUUUGGGCGAACUGGGUUCAAGGAGAAGAGAAAGAUAUAUGGCUAUGA